AUGAGCGUAGAGCCAGGUAUUUCUACAGAUAUUUUUGCAAAAGGAAGCCGGAGAGAGCUCGAAAUGAAACGAGAAUCGAAGACGUCUUCGUCGAUGGUUGGUCAAGCAAAUGCUGGAAAAAAUACCGCAGUUCCAGCUGUCCUCGUCGAAAAAGGUGGACGAUGCCUCGAUCACCGACGACGUCCGCGGCGCCGAGUACUACCACGGCCUGAUCCCGCGACUCGACGCAGAGCAGGUGCUCCGUCGUGAAGGCGACUUCUUGCUCCGUAAAACGGAAGCCACGCAAGGUUUUCUCCCUUCUUUGAACUGUGUCGAGUUAAAAAUUUGAAAAUUUUUUUAAAAGUAUGAAAAAAGCCCUAAAGUGUAACAAUUUUUGUGCGCGAAGGGAAAAUCAAAUCUCCAUUUCAUUUUAAGUUCACGCGAUAAAUUCGAAAAUUAUUUACUGCUCCUAUGAAACCCUCCAGGACCAUCUUUCUUUUCAAAAAAUGUCCCAUCUUUUCUUUCUUCGAAGAAUUCGUGACACUUCAAAACUUGAGUCAUCGCAGAAAUAAAUUUUACGUUUCGUCUCAUCGUAUAACCCUUUGCAAAAGUUCUAAUGAGUUUCGGUCGCCCAACUUUUUUGCAAAGGAUCGAACUCGAAAGUAGCUCUUUCUCACCAUGAGAGACAAACACAGGAGUGGUGGUGCUGGCGCUGUCGGUGCGAAUCAGCGCAGAUACGGUGAAGCACUUCAUGGUGAACCUCGACCCUUCGGGCACGUUCUACUUCGAAGCUCACCAUGAGAAAAGCAUUCCUGAUCUUAUCAACUGGCAUUUGUAAUUGUUCACUUGUAAAGUUCAGCUUUACUUUGUCGUUCAGAAAUACAAAAACUCCGUUGUCGUCGGCGUCAGGCGCCAAGAUUCGAAGACCGAUUGAACGAACGCAGUGGCUGCUCAACCAUGACAGCAUUCUCAUUGUCAGGAAACUUGGCGAAGGAGCCUUCGGAGAAGUGGAAGACGCGGAGAAGUCCCUAAAAAGUUUCAAUUUGCAGGUGUUCCUGGCUGAGUACGAGUCCGGGAAGGCCAAGCAGGAGGUCGCAGUGAAGACCAUGCGACAGGAAGCAACACGCGACGCGCGGCUCAAAUUCAUGAAAGAGGCUCGACUGAUGCGCAAAUACACGCACAAACACGUGGUGAAGAUCCUCGGCGUCGCCGUCCACGAGCACCCGCUCAUGAUUGUGAUGGAAGUGUGUCCGAGUGAGUCGCCGUCUGUGUUCUCGUCAAAACAUCUGCAGACGGCUCUCUGCUACAUCACUUGCGAAAGAACAAGGGCAAAGUCUCUUCGCUGGAAAAGUUACGAUUCUCCGUUGAAGCGGCCGAUGGCCUCGCUUACCUGGACCGGAAAGCUUGCAUUCAUCGAGACAUUGCUGCGAGAAACUGUCUUCUUUCUGCCAAAAACGUGAGCUCCUUCCAGAUAUUCAUGUACGCGUUUUCCACUAUUCUGAGAGCGGGUUUUUUUGCCAAAUUUACUAAGUUCUUCCACUCUUUUUUAUUUUACAAAUAAGUAUUUUCAUUUUUACUUUGCAACCAAAAUUGUAUGAUUUCGCACGAUUCCAUGCCUCAUUACUAUACUCCGCAAGCUAAAGGUGAUUGGAGUACAUAAAUCUCCUCCAAAUUUAUGAGUAUUUUUAAACCCUACAUGCUACAGUCGUACCUCGUGUUUUCGUGCAGUGACUGAUUAUUUCAGGAAGUUAAAAUAUCGGAUUUCGGAAUGUCCGACGACAGAGUUAUUGUCCACGACGACACGCUCGACAAGGUGCCUGUCAAAUGGCUCGCUCCAGAAACUCUCCAGGAGAAAAUCUACUCUCUCAAAACAGACGUCUGGGCUUUCGGUUAGCGUUCCAUAACUUUGAUGCCGUGUUCAAGGUGAAUUAGCGAAGUCUCAAAAAGCCGGAGAUUGAGAAGUAUAACUAAACUUUGGAGAGUCAGAGCUGAAUCCCAAUUUCGCGGAAAAUAAUCUGAACACGGCAUUAAAGACUAAUGUCUCAGGCGUCCUCGUCUGGGAGAUUUACGCAGAUGGCGCCGACCCCUACCCCGGCCUAACUAACGUUCAGACACGCGCCAAGAUUGUCGUCCAGGACUACCGAAUGAAAAUGCCUGAAGUACGUGGAUCACGGAAUUACCUCUUGAAAUCUCUUUUUUUAUGCAGGGAACUCCCAAGUUCGUUUCUGAAGUCGUCGCGAACUGCUGGGAAAGAGACGCAUCAAAACGCAACGACAUGAACAAAAUAAGCAAGACGUUGUUGGAAUAUUAUAAUAAGGAGAAGAAAUAA